UUCCUUAUUGCACAUUCCUUCUUUUCCUUGUUCUCAUCUUAUCGAGAUGAGGUAUCGCGCAUUGUCAUUUGGUAAUGGUUUCUCAUCAGUAACUACGUUCUCGAAGCGCACCAGAAUCUCAUUUGCGGAUUCAAGUUCUUCGACAACGGCUAUAGUAUUUCUGAGGAGAAAUUCUAGCUCUUUCAAGCUUCUUUGCCGAAAACGAACUUAUGAGUUUGUGGAAGGGGUGAAGUUCGACGGCCCGAUGAUCUGUAUGGAUGACAUUGUAAACAAUGGGGAUAUUGAUUUGGUUUUUGAGAAUUGCAUUAUGCGAACAUUGUCUCCGGCAUUGACAUUGGAGGAGGGACUUGAAAGAAUUAAGGAGGCUGUGCAAACGUUAAGGUUGGAUCCUCCUUGUUGCUCUAGUGGAUUCCUUAGGUUUCAGGUGGCCGUGCCUCCAGGUCCGAAGGCUUUAAGUUGGUUUUGUUGUCAGCCAGAGUCAUCUGGAGUUUUUCCUCAAAUAUAUCUUUCCAAGAACUCAGAUAAUCCAACGUGUAAGUCGCUGCAUGUGAAUGGUCGCCGUGGAGUUUUUGGAAUUGGUGCUGCCGCUUCUUUUACUCGUUAUUCUCCUCUCAACACGGGAAUGCAAAGCUUGUUCAAAAGAUAUAUUUCAAGUGAUUCAACCAUGAUAGUGGCUUAUGGCUUUAUGGAUAUUAAUUUCAAUCAAGGUUCAGAUUCCGUGAAUCAUGAGGAUGGUUCUUUUUUCUUCUUUGUCCCUCAGAUUGAGUUGGAUGAGCAGGAUAUGGCUUCCGUUUUGACAUCAACACUUGCAUGGGAUGACUCUUCCCUCCCCACAUUCAAAGAAGCCCUUCAUUCCCUUGAAAUUUCCCUUAACCAGUUAUCUCGUCAUAUCUGUCCCACUACUGACACAUGGCAGUCCGACUGUACAACAUCUGCACUUAGAAAAUUCAGUUUGGUGGAAAACAGAUCUAUUCCGAGGGUAUACAUGAACUCUUUUGCACCGGGAGGAAGGGAAAGCAUGGCUGACAUCAUGGAACUGAAAGAGUCUCCAUCUUCAGCUCAAUUCUGUUUCAGACUCUCACCAAUUGUUGCUUUUGCCACUAACAUGCUAGAUCAAGCAGAUAAAUUGUUUUACUCACCGGAAGAAAGUGCCAAUAUCAAUUCUGUUUGGGCAUCACUAAUUAUUGAAGAAUGCUCCCGACUUGGUUUGAGAUAUUUUUGUAUAGCACCUGGAUCAAGGUCUUCUCCUCUUGCUGUUGCUGCAUCGAGUCAUGCAUUAAUCACAUGUAUUUCAUGUUUUGAUGAACGCUCUCUUGCGUUUCACGCUGUUGGAUAUGGAAGAGGAUCUCACAUUCCAGCAGUAGUCAUAACAUCAUCAGGGACUGCAGUUUCAAAUCUUCUUCCUGCUGUUGUGGAGGCUAGUCAAGAUUUUGUACCACUUAUUUUACUUACAGCUGAUCGACCUCCAGAGCUGCAGGAAUGUGGAGCAAACCAAGCAAUUUUUCAGGUUAACCAUUUUGGUUCUUUUGUGAGGUAUUUCUUCAAUCUUCCUACUCCCACGGAUCAGAUUCCAGCAAAGAUGGUACUUACUACACUGGAUUCUGCUGUUCACUGGGCUACUGCUACGCCAUGUGGUCCAGUCCAUAUUAACUGCCCUUUCAGAGAACCAUUGGAAAACAGUCCCAGUGAAUGGAAAUCAAGCUGUUUGAAAGGCUUAGACUUUUGGAUCACUAAUGCUGAACCAUAUACAAAGUACAUUCAUAUGCAGCAGUCUUGUAGAUUUAAUAAUGCAACUGGCCAAUUGAUUGACAUUUUAAAUUUGAUUCAAAGGGCCAAAAGUGGCCUUCUUGUCAUUGGUGCAAUCCAUACGGAGGAUGAGAUAUGGGCUGCUCUUCAUUUGGUUAAACACCUCAUGUGGCCUGUUGUGACAGAUAUCCUUUCUGGACUGCGGUUAAGAAAGCAUUUCACUUCUUUUCCUGAUAUUGAAGGAAACUUUAUAUUUGUUGAUCAUCUUGAUCAUGCUCUGUUCUCCAAGUCUGUCAGAGAAUGGUUAGAGAUUGAUGUGGUUAUUCAGAUUGGAAGUAGAAUAACUAGCAAACGAAUCUGUCAGAUGCUUGAUGAAUGUGUCCCUUUUUCAUAUAUUAUGGUUGACAAGAACCCAAAUCGUCAGGAUCCUUCACAUAUUGUGACACAUCGUGUACAAAGUUCCAUUAUUGGCUUUGUGGAUUUUUUACUAAAGGCUAGAGUUCCUCAUUCAAGGAGCAAGUGGGCCACUUCCUUACAAGUGUUGAGUCAGAUGGUUGAAUGGGAAAUACAGUUUCAAAUAUGUAUUGAGUGUUCCCUGACAGAACCUCAUGUUGCUCAUGUAAUGUCCGAAGCUCUUUCCUCUGAAUCUGCUCUCUUUCUCGGGAACAGCAUGCCAAUACGUGAUGCAGAUAUGUAUGGGCAUAGUAAGUUGAUAUGCAAUGAAAGUGCUACGUCUCUCAUGUUAAAUUCAGACUUACCAUUUAGCUGGAUAAGGGUGGCUGGCAAUAGAGGGGCUAGUGGCAUUGAUGGGCUACUUAGCACAGCCAUUGGCUUUGCUGCAGGAUGCAACAAAAAGGUGUUUUGCGUGAUUGGAGAUGUUUCUUUCCUCCACGACACAAAUGGUCUGGCAAUUUUGAAUCAGAGUAAAUUCAGGAAACCGAUGACAAUACUUGUGUUAAACAAUCAUGGAGGUGGAAUUUUCAGUUUUCUUCCUCUGGCAAAUAAAACUGAACCUCGUGUAUUGCAUCAGUAUUUUUACACCUCUCAUAACAUUUCAAUUGGAAAGUUAUGCUUGGCUCACGGCGUAAAACACUUAUAUGCCCAGACAAAGAUGGAACUUGAGGAUGCUUUAUUUGCAGCACAAAAUGAAGACAAGGACUGUUUAAUUGAAAUUGAAAGUUCCAUUGAUCACAACGCAAAUUUUCACAGUAUUCUAAGAAAGUUUGCCCUUCAGACAGCAGAGAACACAAUAAGAUUACUCUCAGCUUCUCUUAGCCAAAGCUCUAUAAAAGAUGAGUUCUUUUACUCCAAGGUGCAUAAAAUAGAGUAUUCCCAAUAUAGCAUUGCACUAUGUGCUCCUCCAACUUCAACAUCUCUGGGUCACGAUCAGAAAGAAUUCUAUAGAGGAGGCUUUAUUUUAUCUCUAUUUCUUGAAGAUGGAAGUGUGGGUUUUGGUGAGGUUGCUCCUCUUGAGAUCCACAGGGAAAAUCUGGAAGAUGCAGAAAAUCAACUUAGGUUUCUUAUGCAUGCCAUGAAAGGGAUUAAAAUUAGUUGCUUCUUAUCUCUACUGAGGGGCUCAUUUUCACGUUGGAUAUGGAAUGAGUUGGGUAUUUUGCCUUCUUCUAUCUUUCCAAGUGUCAGAUGUGGUUUGGAAAUGGCCAUCUUGAAUGCCAUAGCUAAUGCAAGAGGGUCCAGUUUAUUAGACAUACUGCACUCCCAGACGAAUGAAAAAAACAAAUAUCAAAGUUCAAUGGACGUUCAGGUUUGUGCUCUACUUAAUUCAAAUGGAUCUCCGGCUGAAGUGGCUAAUGUAGCUGCUGCGCUUGUUGAGGAAGGAUACCCUGCAAUUAAACUAAAGGUGGCUCGAUGGGGCGACCCUAUUCACUCUGCUCUAAUUAUACAAGAAGUGAGAAAGAAAGUUGGUUGCCACAUUGACAUCCGUGCAGAUGCAAACCGAAGAUGGACUUAUGAAGAAGCCAUGGAAUUCAGCUCUUUCGUGAAGGAUUGUGAGCUGCAGUAUAUUGAGGAGCCUGUUCAGGAUGAAGAUGACAUUCUCAAGUUCUGUGAAGAAAGUGGCUUACCUGUUGCCCUGGAUGAAACAAUAGAUAACAUUCACGAAAAUCAUCUGGAAAAGCUGGCGAAGUUUUCUCACCCCAGAAUAGUGGCUGUUGUUAUCAAGCCAAGCAUCGUUGGUGGAUUUGAGAAUGCAGCGUUAAUUGCCCAAUGGGCUCAGCAGCUGGGAAAGAUGGCUGUUAUCAGUGCUGCAUUUGAAAGCAGUCUAAGUUUGUCUGCAUAUGUGCAGUUUUCUCAUUAUAUUGAUAUGCAAAAUGCAAGUAGAUUCAGAGUGUCACAUAAUAAAGUGGUCCCAUCUGUAGCUCAUGGUCUGGGAACCUAUCGUUGGCUUAAGGAAGACAUAACAACUAAUCCCGUUUUAAUAGACCGUAAUCCACACAGUAAGUUUAUUGAAGCAUCAGUGACCGAUGCUAGACAACUGUUGAAGAAUUUUCGAGUCAACCAGAAUGUGAUCAAUAAUGUUAUAACAGAGGAGCAAGUUCAUACAUACCAACUGACUGUAGAACUUGACAAUGUCUCUUGUCUCUUUCGAGUUCAGGAGAUUGGACAAAAGAAUGAUGAUAAUGUUCUGGUAUUUCUUCAUGGUUUUCUUGGGACUGGCGAUGACUGGAUUGCUAUCAUGAAGGCUGUAUCAGGAUCAGCAAGGUGCAUCUCAGUUGACCUUCCUGGUCAUGGAAAAUCAAUAAUAAACACUGUAAAAAUUCCUGGACAGGAACCGUGCUUAUCUCUGGAGAUAAUUUCUGGUUUAUUACAUAAGCUAAUCCAUCAUAUCACUCCAGCAAAGAUUACUCUUGUUGGGUAUUCAAUGGGAGCAAGGAUUGCAUUAUACAUGGCAUUGAAAUUUGGUUACAAGGCUAAAGGAGCUGUCCUAGUAUCCGGGAGCCCUGGGUUAAAUGAUGAAUUGGCAAGGAAAAUUCGUGCAGCUAAAGAUGAUUCCAGAGCGUGCUCCAUGGUUGCACAUGGGCUACAACUUUUUCUUGAAUCCUGGUAUGCAGGAGAGCUGUGGAGAAGCUUUCGAAGCCACCCUCAUUUCAAUCGAAUAAUUGCAAGCCGCUUACAGCAACAUGAUGUGCAGAGUCUUGCAAAGAUGCUGUCUGGCUUAAGCAUAGGGAGGCAACCUUCAUUGUGGGAAGACUUGAAGAAUUGCAGAAUGCCUUUUCUGCUCGUGUACGGAGAGAAAGAUACUAAAUUUAAGAAAAUUACUGCGGCAAUGAUCAACACAAUGUGCUCAGGGCAGGAAAAAUGCAACAAUAUACAUGAAGUGGUUGAGGUUCCCAACACUGGGCAUGCUGUCCAUCUGGAGAACCCUCUUUUCAUCAUUUCUGCCUUGACACACUUCAUGACCAGGUUAUCAAUGUUGAAUUAAGUUCUCAAAUUGGGGAAGAUCAGAACUCCAUGUGACGUCCUAUAUUACGUACUACAAAAUAGAGUUACCAAUGCAAGAUAAGCUAAGCUAUUCAAAAAUUGAUGCGUAAACAUUUUAGCCAGAUUUACACGCGACAAAGUUUAUGUUUAUCUAACUUGCCAUGAUUGGAUUGUGCUAGUCUUAUAGAGGGACUAAUUCGUAUUGAGAGAUUCCUCAAAUAUGAAUUAGUCAAUAAAACUAGAUAUCAGAUGUUUGUCACAAAAAAUAUGAUUUUAUUUAAAAUUAAGUUUA